GUUGCUCUGCAGCGCUGUGUUGCAGGGUUCUCUCUGCGCAGUUCUGGGCGCAGUAAUGUAAUAAUAAUAAUAAAAUAGUAAUAAAAUGAUGAAGCGCUGCGCUGUGCUCUCCUGCCCCAACACCCUGAGCCAGGAGGGCCCGCUGAGCUUCCACCGGCUACCGUACGCGGAUGUGCGGAGGCUGGUGCGGUGGCUGAGGUUUUUGGGCAGGGAUGUAAACACGCCGCUCCCCGCGCUGCGGCGGCUAGACCUGCGCAUCUGCAGCGCACACUUCAGCCCCCGGGACUUCUGCUGCCCGCGGGGCCGGAGUUCAGCGCGCCUCCGCGGCCUGAGGAAGCUGCGGAGCACCGCGGUCCCCUCCAGGAACCAGCAGCCCGCGGAGCCUGCAGCAGAUCAGCAGAUAGCUGAGGUGUCCGUUGUUCUUUCAGCUGACGAUGAUUGUCUUCAAACUCCCGACAGUUCAUCUAUUACCCAGGAAGUGUCGGAUGUUAAAGAUGUCCUGGACUUGAACACAAAGGACACAGAUCUGGAGAGUAGCCUGUUAAUGCAGACAAACCUGGACAAGGCUGAUGAAGAGGCUGGGAAGGAGUGUAAUGACACUUCGAUGGCAUCAGCUGAGGAAGGAGCAAGUUCUAACGAAGACGAAGAAGAAGAAGAAGAAGAAGAAGAAGCCUUGAGUGAUGCUGAAGACGAUGCAGAGGGGGACCAAGCAGACUCUGAGUACUUGCCAAGUUCCUCGGGUGAAAGCGCUAAGAACUCGGAGGACGAUGAAGCUGAUGAAGAUUCCACCUCCCACAAACCCUUUCAGAAGACCUUCAGACCCGACGUUUGGUGUUUGGACUGUGAAGCUCAUGUUGAAAUUUCUUGUAUAAUUAAAAAGCACCAAAGGGUCUACUGCUGUCAGCAGUGCGUCUCUGAGGACAGUGUUGGGAUCCAGAGUUUGGAGGACCUUCCGGUUCGAUUUGACAGUAGAGUCAGCUUCCAUAAACACGCCAUUACCGUACACGGUGCUCCAGAGCAACCGGCCGAGUUUAAGACUUGUGAAGACUGCGGUAAGUUAAACAGGGUGGAGGAUGAGCAUCAUGUAUGUGAGUGUAAAAUAAAGCCUUUCUCUUGUGAACUGUGUUCCAAACGCUUCCUCACAGAGAACGGGCGAAAGGUUCAUUAUCGUAGACUCCACGGGAACUAUACGCACUUCUGUAAAUACUGCAUGAUCAACUUUACCACGAAAGAGUCCAAACUUCGCCACGAGCAGGUCCACAACACCAGAGGUCUACCGUACAGGUGUCCGAACUGCUCUCUGAGAUUUAAAGACUUUCAUGAACGAAACAAACACCUUAAAAGCCACGGUGGCAAGAAAGGGUACCUGUGCAGCACCUGCGGCAUGAGGUUCUUCAAAGUGACCAGUUAUGAAAGGCACCUGCUCAUCCACUCCGGAGAAAAGCCCUACAGGUGUGAUGUUUGCGAACGUUCCUUCAACCAGGCUGGACACCUGAAAUCCCACAUGCGUCUCCACACCGGAGAGAAGCCCUUCAUGUGUGAGCAGUGUGGAGAGUGCUUCAACCACAACGUCAGCCUGAAGAACCACCUGCUGCGACAGCACGGCAUCGACACCAAGUAUCUACCAACAAAGAAGGGCAAACGGAUAGGUAGACCUUUCAGCGAUGUUCCUCAGAAAAGGAGAUGUAAGGGACAGAAUGAAACGAUCACACAGCCCCAGUCUUCUGUUCCCGCUGAGGAGUUUGAGGGCGAGGAGGAGAUGAUGGGUGAUGAAGAUUCGGACAGUGCAGAGGAGAGCCAGGAGUCUCAGUCUGACAAAAUAGACUGCAAGAGGAAAGCGAAGGGAAGGAAUAAAAACAAGACAAUGGAUUAAGCAGACUUAGAUCAAGAAUAAAGACUUGUUCAUUAAUCUUUCAUAUGCAAACUACCGUUCAAAUGUUUGAAAUCAUUUGCAAACAGAUUUCAUUGAUUUAUAAUCAACAGUAAAGUGUCAAAUAAACAUUACACUAUAACAGUUUUGAAA